AUGUCCUCAGGAUUGAUUGACUUGCUCAACUCUGCUGCUUCUAAUGAUCCGAAUACGGUAGUAGCAGCUGGACAGCAAUUACUCCUUUUCACAGCGUCUUGUGAUCCAAAAGAGAGAGUAUAUGAAAAACUCGCGAUUGCAGUAUUCAAUCCUGAGAACAGCAGUCUAACUCCGAAUGGUCGCUUUGUUGGCCUUAUCCACUUGAAGAAUGCAUUGUUUGACCCACAAAUUUGGAAGAAUCUAGUCUCAUCUGAACGCAGUUCCGUGAGAUAUUUACUUCUGAAUUAUCUUGCCUCCGGGAGUGAUCCUUCAAGGAUGAUCAAUGCAAUCGAGGUUAUGCCCCAGAUUGGACCGUGUUUAGCUACAUUGAUGGCUCGCUUGGUACACAACGAUUGGCUAAAAGAGGAGUGGUCUGAUGAAAUUUGGGAACAGCUGAUAAAUGCGUGCGCUUGGUCAUCCUUACGUUCCGGACUGAGAGCUGCUGCCGGUUUUCGUUUACCAGCGCGUAGGAAGGUGUUCCUCGAGUUGAUUCAAACUUUGUUGCCCACCGUGUUGAACCUAUGGCAAACCAGUUCGAUGAACUUACGCCAAGCCACCUUGGAUCCUGCUAUUCGUCUUUCUCGUUUGUUGUAUACAUGUUUGACAGCUCCGAGUCUUCAACCGAAAUCCGGUCCCUAUCUUUUGGAUUCAGCCGCACUACCGGUAGCCACACGCAUUUUCGACCAAUCAUUCGCUGUUCUAAAUAAACUGUAUUCGCUUGGCUCAGACAGUUGUUGGACGGCCGAACACGCGCAAUUUGCUCGACGUUUGACAAAGUUAAUUCUUGCUGCGACUAUGGUAUCCAAUCCAGAAGUGCGCGGAAAGAGCAUUAAUAUGUUAUUUUUACACACAACAGAGAUUUUAUCUAAACAAGCUGUUCGACCGCUGCUAGAUAAAAAAGCAAUGACAUGGAUUUUGGCUCUGGUUUACGGUUUAUUGUCCUCAAAAGCCUGUGAUUCAGGUGCUCAGCUCCCGCUGGAUACUUCUGGAUCAUCUGAACUGCAAAAGUGCCUCUUUUCGCCCGCAAGUUCUACUGUGUCAGACACGUUACUAUUCGUACUGGUUCGAAAUUUGAUUCACACAUCAUUUUCACUCUCCCCGGUCGAAAUUUUGGGCAUCACUUCAAACCCAGAAAGCUGUAUGGCCGCGGGAGGCUCGUGUAUCACCAUGGCCGAUGCAGACGUAGCAACGAAUGUAAGUGCGGCGACCAUAUGGGAUGUGGAUGUGCAAGCACAAGAUCUCAUACGUGUUAAUCUGGAAUCGUUGCUCGGUCUUCACGGUGCCGAACAGCACGUUGCCUGUUUUCAAUCUUGUCGGCAACUGAGUGAAUUGGUCGUCACACAACUACUCAGGUGUUAUGAAACCAAGGCUAGAAGUUUGUUGCUUCACUUGUUAGAGGUGAGUUCGUUCAUCUUCUUGAUGACAUACAAAUAA